UGUUGUGCAGAUUCACGGACAACGAGUUUCACCCGUCUCACAUCUCCACCAUCGGCGUCGACUUCAAAAUGAAGACACUACUAAUAGAUGGUAUCAAAGUACGGACACAGAUAUGGGACACUGCCGGCCAGGAGAGAUACCAAACCAUCACGAAGCAGUACUACAGACGAGCACAGGGAAUCUUCCUGGUGUACGAUAUCACGAGUGAGCGAUCCUUCCAGCACAUCAUGAAAUGGGCCAGCGAUGUGGACGAGUACGCUCCUGAAAAGGUCCAGAAGAUCCUCGUAGGGAACAAGUCAGACGAGGUGGACAAACGGCAGGUGGCCACAGAGCAAGGUAUCAAGUUGGCUAAGGCUUAUGGAAUGGACUUCUUCGAGACAAGUGCCUUCACCAACCACAACAUAGCAGAGACUUUCACCAGAUUGUCUGAACAGGUGCUGGCGGCCAAUAAAAGAGACCUGGAUCUUCUCCGGAUGUCGGCCAAUGACGAGCUGGACCUUACCGCUCUCGAGGAAGAGGAGGGACUCUGUGACAGUGCUGCGGACGAUCAACGCAAAGGCUGCUGGUGUUAAAGUGACCGUGUGGACAGCGUGUUUUUUUUUUUUUUUGGUUGAAUAUACGUCAUCGCCACACACUUUGGACACUCUUGGAAAAAAUGUCCUUUUGUAAUUGGCUUCCGUGGGUCCCUCUGUUUUUCGCAGCGUCAGUUUCAAGGACAUACCUUUUGCCACAAAGUGCCAAGUGUGUGGUGAAUCAACCAAGUGAAGGUCCACGUGUCCAGGUUUCACCUCGGGGGCUCAGAAAGCUCAUUAUUUUUAAAAGCACCAGUUCCUGCUCAGCGUAUCUUUGAUGUAACCAAAUACAAUCUUCUGUCCACUAAAAAAUUCAGCGGCAAACAUACGGUUAAAAAGCCGAAAUACAAAACGUCUAGAUGAGCUGCAAACCUUCAUCUUGUCUUCAGAAUUUACACGGAAGUAGAGGAUGUGUAGAGGAUAGGGAAUGACUUGAAACUGUUCACCACUGACUUGAAGUUGUUUUUCACAAUGCUCUCUUCGAUAUGCCUUGCAAACCGACUGCAUUCGGCCUUCCUCCGGCCCUUUAGUGUUUCUCCCUCAUAGCCUUUCCACCAACUGAAUGCAUUAGAUGUAGUGUAAGGAAACUACCACAAGAGGGUGCUACGCUAAUUGCAGAAAUGUCUCCGUGUCCAGUGUGACGUUAUACCAGUGCACUGAUUCUUCUUCUCUCAUGUUUUUGACCUCGGUUACACUUGAAGUGGCUACUUUGAACAGCGCGAAAGGAUAAUUAAUAUAUGCAGCCAUUGUAUUGUUUUGCAUGAUGUUUACAUGUUGAUGUCGGUGACACAGGCAGUUUGUAAAAUCUCACACGCAAGAGGCCACAAGGCGACGAGAGGCGGGAGAAGUAUUUCAUUUCUCUGUAGCAUAACUGAGGAUAAUUUUGAAGUUUGUAGUCUCAGAAAAUAUUGGUUGGGUUGUUUGAUAACUGCACAUCACUGCAUUGUACAUACCAGGUUUUUCACAGCAUUGUAGAUGAGGAUGCAUAAUUUAUCAUUAGAGGGCUGUAUUUAAAAAAGUAAAAAUUCUGCAGUGGUAUUCUAGAUGGUAUGAGAUAUUCCCUCUGUGAAUAUAAUCACAUCUUGGUCAUUCUGUCUUCUCUGUUUUAUACAGAGUCCGGUGAAGAUGCCAUUUCUCUUCUUUUAUCCCCCAUCUCAGAUUUAACAAGUGACAGUUCUGCAUGUGAUUCAAUCGUCUUUCUUUCUGUUAUUGCAACUUCAGUGAAGUUAAUAAUCAGCUGGCCACAAAGCAAGCAUAGCAUUUGACCAGAGUUGCCUGUUGGAGACUUGCACCCACAAGGAACCAUCGUAGGAGAAACUUUGGCUUCCUUUUGCAGUGAAAUGCAACUCGAAACAACAGUUUUAUGUGAAAUGACUGGACUGGAUGCACAAUCUGUGGUUCUCAAGAACUUCUUUACCCUCUUCUCUUUUAGACUAAUUGUAUUUGUGGAGAUAUAUUACAUGCCACAUGUUAUUCCUGGAGAAAAGAUGUCAGAUGUUUAUGAAUAAAUACUUGCAGAUA